AGGCACGAGUCAGCUGUCUCUCUCUCUCUCUCUCUCUCUCUCUCUCUCCUUUAACUUUAAUUUUCAGUUUCUCUCUCUUCUUUUCUUUCUCUCUCUACCCUCUUCGUUCUACCGCUGUUUGUAGGAUUCCCACCUAUUUGCCUAAACGCAGAAGAUUUGGAAUUUAGAGAGAGGGAGAGGAGGAGGAGGAGAGAGAAAAAGCGGAUUCUAAGGGGAGGGAGCGCCGGAAUGCUGCUGAAGGUGCAGAAUCCGGUGAGUUCCGGCUAAACUGAGGCAGUGUUAGGGAGACACUCUCCGACCUGAAAAUGCUAGAAGCCAUUUCAUUUGAAGAAGCGAGCAGCCCUAUCGUCUCAAACCCUAAGAAGAAGAAGUCGGAAGACGAGGUAGAAAGAGAUAAGGCAGAGAGAGAAAGCGAAAAGCCACCUGGUCGGAGCCGAUCUCAGGGCUGCACGAGACGGGUGACUCCGACCAUCGGCGGCGCCACCACCAGCACCACCACGACGGUCGCCGUCGAGAAGCUUCUCCCGAACGGGGAUCUCUACACUGGCAGCUUCUCUGGUAACGUUCCCCACGGAUCCGGAAAGUAUCUGUGGACGGACGGGUGUAUGUACGAAGGGGAGUGGAAGAGAGGGAAAGCUUCUGGAAAAGGCAAGUUCUCGUGGCCGUCGGGGGCCACCUUCGAAGGCGAGUUCAAGUCGGGUCGUAUGGAAGGUUUUGGCACCUUCAUCGGCGCCGACGGCGAUACCUACCGCGGAUCUUGGUCCGCGGAUCGGAAGCAUGGGUACGGGCAGAAACGAUAUGCAAAUGGCGAUUUCUACGAGGGGUGGUGGCGCAGGAACCUUCAGGACGGGCAAGGGAAGUACGUUUGGAAAAAUGGGAACGAGUAUGUAGGGGAGUGGAAGAGUGGAGUGAUCUCAGGUCGCGGAGUUUUGAUUUGGUCAAAUGGGAAUCGUUAUGACGGGCAGUGGGACCACGGAGUUCCGAAGGGAAAUGGUAUUUUCCGGUGGCCGGAUGGGAGUUGCUAUGUUGGUUGUUGGAACAAAGACUCGAGUAAUCAACAGCAUCAAUUGAAUGGUACUUUCUAUCCGGGGCCGGGGAAAGAGCAAAAGAGUAUUUUGGCCGAUGACGAUUCUCUGGUGGCGAAAAAGAGGUCAUCGGUAGAUGGAUCGAGGGGGAGCAUGACAGAGAGGACUUUUCCGAGGAUCUGCAUUUGGGAGAGUGAUGGGGAGGCCGGAGAUAUUACUUGUGAUAUAAUUGAUAAUGUAGAGGCGUCCAUGUUUUAUAGGGACGGAACGGGAUUGGAUUGCGAGGGGUUCAGGCAGUUUCGGAGGAAUCCGUGCUGUUUUGCAAGCGGUGAGGUGAAGAAACCUGGGCAGACCAUAUCGAAAGGUCAUAAGAACUAUGAUUUGAUGCUUAAUCUUCAACUGGGCAUUAGAUAUUCUGUGGGAAAGCAUGCUUCAAUUUUGCGGGACCUUAAACCCAGUGAUUUCGAUCCAAAGGAGAAGUUCUGGUCGAGGUUUCCACCAGAAGGAUCAAAGAUAACUCCGCCUCAUCAAUCAGUGGAGUUCCGGUGGAAAGAUUACUGCCCCCUGGUGUUUAGACAUUUGAGAGAGCUAUUUCAAGUUGAUCCUGCGGAUUACAUGCUAGCCAUUUGUGGAAAUGAUGCUCUUAGAGAGCUUUCCUCACCGGGCAAGAGUGGAAGCUUUUUUUACCUUACACAGGAUGAUAGAUUUAUGAUAAAGACAGUAAAAAAAUCAGAAGUCAAGGUGCUUAUUAGGAUGCUUCCAAGUUACUACCAACAUGUUUGUCGGUAUGAAAAUUCCCUCGUGACAAAAUUCUUUGGCGUACAUUGUGUCAAACCAGUUGGUGGCCAAAAGACCCGGUUUAUUGUGAUGGGCAAUUUGUUCUGCUCAGAAUAUCGGAUUCAUAGGCGAUUUGACCUGAAAGGAUCAUCCCAUGGCCGCACCACUGAUAAGCCCGAGGGUGAGAUUGAUGAAACCACUACCCUUAAAGACCUUGAUCUGAAUUUUGUUUUUCGUCUCCAAAGAAAUUGGUUCCAAGAGCUUAUCAGGCAAAUUGACCGGGACUGUGAGUUCUUGGAAGCAGAGAGAAUCAUGGAUUACAGCCUUCUGGUUGGUCUACACUUCCGUGAUGACAAUACCGGCGAUAAGAUGGGGCUGUCCCCAUUUCUUUUGCGUUCUGGUAAAAAGGAUUCAUAUCAGAAUGAGAAGUUCAUGCGUGGUUAUCGCUUCCUAGAAGCUGAGCUACAAGACAUGGAUCGGGUUUUAUCGGGCCGGAAACCAUUGAUCAGGCUAGGGGCGAACAUGCCUGCAAGAGCAGAGCGGGUGGCCAGGAGGAGCGAUUACGAUCAAUACACGCCUGGCUGUGUUAGCAAUUUCCAACCUUCACGCAGUGGUGAGGUCUAUGAAGUAGUCCUCUAUUUCGGGAUCAUUGAUAUUUUACAGGACUACGAUAUUAGCAAGAAACUUGAGCAUGCCUACAAAUCCUUACAAGCAGACCCCACCUCAAUCUCAGCUGUUGAUCCAAAGCUCUACUCGAAGAGAUUUCGAGAUUUUAUUGGUAGAAUAUUUAUAGAAGACAGGUAACAGUAACAAUGGCUGGAGAAAGAAAGUUGGGACUGAAAUUGAGCAUGAGCUCUCCCCAUCGAAAGAAUUGGGAGCACUGGCCUGGAUCAAAAAAAUGUCAGGGUUUGUGCAUAUACCCUGGUGGGCAAACCCAACCCGAAUUGGUGGCAGUGGGUGGCGGGGCGGCAGCCUACACCAGGGAACUGCAAAUAUUUGGUGGGUGGUGGAUGAUGGGCGGCAGGUUGGGAUCCCUCACGGCUGAAUUUUGAAGAUCAGCCAGUGUCGAGAGUGGGCAGUUCUUGUACAUGCAAGGGAGAGGGGGGGAGAUGAUUGGAUCCUAAUUUUUUUUUAAAAAUUUUUAAAUUUUUGUGGUGUUAACGCAAGGAAUGUGAAGAUUUGAAAGAUAAGAGGCAGAGGGGAGAGAGAGAGAGAGAGAGAGAGAGAGAGAGAAUGGGGCUUUCUCCCAGAGAGAAGAUUCAAAAAAUGGGAUUGAGGCUUGGAUGAAUAAGUGUACAGCUUAUAUAGAAAGGAUGGAUAAGAGUGGAAUUUGCUUUACAAUUUUAAAUUUAUAUUAUGGGAUAUUUAUAUUCUUUUUUGUAAGGGGGAUUGUUUUGGAAUGGGCCCACAAACUGGGCCACCUCUGCCCCUGCCCCUGCUUCUCCCUGUGAUAUAUGAAUGGGGUCUCUCAUGUUCCAUCA